UUUUGUUUCUCCUUACAAUCUCAUAAUUUUUCAAUCGCGAACAGCCAAUCGCGAUAAGAAAAGACAAUUCACCACUCCAAAGUGACAAGAAGCAACACCAGUCAUAAUCAUACUAGCACCAACAGCAUGUCGGAAUUGGAACAACUUUGCGUCAACACGAUCCGUGCCGUCUCGGCCGAUCAGCCGCAAGCGGCGAACUCCGGUCAUCCAGGAGCUCCCAUGGGUUGCGCUCCCAUGGCGCAUCUUCUUUGGGGUGAAACCAUGAUGUACUCGUCCAAGGACCCAGCUUGGAUCAACCGCGAUCGCUUUGUGUUGAGUAACGGACACGCCUGUGCGCUGCAGUACACCAUGCUUCACCUCACUGGGUACAACUUGACGGCCAAGGAUCUUUCCGAGUUCCGCAAGAUCGAAUCCAAGACGCCAGGGCAUCCGGAGUGGUACGAAACGGAAGGUAUCGAAGUCUGCACGGGACCCUUGGGUCAGGGAAUCUCCAACGCCGUGGGUUUGGCCAUCGCCGAGCGUCACCUAGCUGCGACAUACAACGAAGACAACUACCCUAUCUUCGAUCAUCACACCUAUGUCAUCUGCGGAGACGGUUGCUUACAGGAAGGCGUCUCGGCAGAAGCCUCUUCCUUGGCCGGACACCUUGGUCUCGGACGAGUCAUUGUACUCUAUGAUGACAACAACAUCACCAUUGAUGGAUCUACCGAGCUAAGCUUCACUGAGGAUGUCCUCAAGCGCUACGAAGCCUACGGAUGGCACACUCAGACCGUCGACGAAGUGGUGGAAUCGCUGGACGCUCUGCGCACGGCCAUCAAGAACGCGCAGGAAGUCACCGACAAGCCCUCUCUCAUCAAGGUCAAGACAUUGAUCGGACAGGGAAGUCCCACUAAACAGGGCCACCAUUCGGCGCACGGGGCUCCCUUGGGUACCGAUGAUCUGGCUGCGGCCAAGAAAGCGUGGGGCUUGCCCGGGGACAAAAUGUUCUACGUGCCUCCGGAAGUACAGGAAUAUUUCGAUAAGGCUGCCGCUAUCGGCGAUGCCAAACGAAUCGCGUGGGAAGAGUUGUUUGCCAAGUUCUCGGCAGAAUUUCCCGAUAAGGCGGCCGAAAUCUCGCGCCGCUUCGCAGGCAAGCUCCCUGAUGGGCUACUCGACAAGCUGCCCAAGCAUGAGUUUGGCAAGGACAAGGAAGUGGCAACGCGAAAGUCCAGUCAAAUGUGUCUUGAGGCUAUCGCGCCGCACAUGCCGGAACUCAUUGGUGGGUCGGCCGAUCUGACUCCAUCAAACUUGACGGACUACAAGGAUGUAGUCGACUUCCAGAAGGACUCCUACAUGGGACGGUACCUGCGUUUCGGUAUUCGUGAGCAUGGUAUGGUUGCUAUUACCAACGGUAUCUUUGCUCACGGUGGUCUCCGCCCCUAUUGUGCGACCUUUUUGGUCUUUGUCGGCUACUGCAUAGGUUCGGUCCGCCUUUCGGCUUUGAGUCAGUUCCCGAUCUUGUUCAUCAUGACGCACGAUUCCAUUGGCUUGGGCGAGGAUGGUCCAACUCAUCAGCCGAUCGAAACCUUGGAAAGUCUUAGAUCCAUGCCUAACAUCAACGUGUACCGUCCAGCGGACACGAACGAAACUGCUGGUGCGUACCAUGUUGCCUUGACGAGCAACAAGACGCCAACCGUCAUUUGUUGCUCGCGCACUACGACCAAGGCUUUACAGGUUUCGUCUAUCGAGUUGGCCGGCAAAGGAGGGUAUGUUGCUGUCGAGACGGAGAACCCGGACUUGAUUUUGGUAGCCAGUGGCUCGGAGGUGGGACCGUGUGUCGAUGCGGCCAAGAAGCUUACCGCGGAAGGUAUCGCCACCCGUGUGGUUUCCAUGCCGUGCCAAGAAGUCUUUUUGGCUCAGCCGGCAUCGUACCAACGAGUCGUGCUUCCUGGAACUGUUCCGACGUUGUCUGUGGAAGCGGCUUCCCCUCACGGUUGGCAUCGGUUUAGUCACUCUCAGAUUGCGAUGACCGAGUACGGGUGCAGCGGUGCGAGUGCGGAUGUUUUCAAGAAGUUUGGGUUUACGGUCGAGAACAUUUCCAACAAAGGGAAAGAGUUGGUCGACUUCUACAAGCAGGCUGGCAAUAUUCCCGACCUGAACAACCGUCCCGUCUUUAGUGCCAUGAAUGGCGGUGCGCACUAAAGAAGCGUCUUUGGAUGAACCUUGGUGCGGUCCCUUAUCCCACUUUGCCUGGCGAUUGCGACUGUACUUCGUAAUCCAUUCAGCUUCCCGUUGGACUUAAAUAUAUAUAAAAGGCUGUAAACAAAAUAAGAAACGCUUAGCCAUU